UCGGGAAACAAUUGUCGGCGGAGUCUUCAAAAAGUAUAAAAAAAACAAACCCCUUUCCAUAUACAAAAAAAAAAAAAAAUAGAUUCUUCCUUCGUCUACUACAGAAUCAAACAAAACUGAAAAUAAAAUUCAUCUUCAAAAUUGAAUGAAGCGAUCUCAAUUAAUUAAUUGUAAUAAAAACAAUAAACAAUAAUGUUCACUCGUCCAAUCUUAAAUGCUAAUUUGGCAAAAAUUUGCUCCGUGGCGCGGCAUAACAACCCAACAACAACAACGGCAGCGGCAACAUGCGGUGGUGCUGGCAAUGAAAUUCAAACCCGACAAUAUCAUGAAGUUGUCGGUGAUAUCAUUUGUCCAUCACAGGUGCUGGGAAUUGAUCACCUUAGGGAUCCCAGGAUGAAUAAGGGUUUGGCCUUUACAUUGGAAGAGAGACAAGUGUUGGGUAUCCACGGUCUGCAACCGGCCCGUUUCAAGACACAAGAAGAACAGCUGGAACUGUGUAAAAUAUCAAUCAAUCGCUACACCGUUGAUUUGAAUAAAUACCUUUAUCUCACUGAUCUGCAAGAUCGUAAUGAGCGUCUCUUCUUCCGAUUGUUAUCGGAAAAUAUUGAAGAUCUGAUGCCUAUUGUCUAUACACCAACUGUAGGGCAAGCGUGUCAGAAAUUCGGUCUCAUCUACAGACGUCCCCGUGGAUUGUUUAUUACAAUCAAUGAUAGAGGCCAUGUUUAUGAUGUUCUCCGUAAUUGGCCCGAUCCAGAUGUACGUGCAAUUUGUGUAACAGAUGGUGAACGUAUUCUUGGUUUGGGAGACUUGGGUGCUUGCGGCAUGGGUAUUCCUGUGGGUAAACUUGCCCUUUACACUGCCUUAGCCGGUAUUAUGCCACAUCAGUGUUUACCCAUUCAAAUCGAUGUGGGUACAAAUAACCAACAACUCUUGGAAGAUCCUCUCUAUGUUGGUUUGAGACAGAAAAGAGUUACAGGCGAAGCCUAUGAAGAACUCAUAGAUGAGUUCAUGGAAGCUGUAGUCAAACGUUAUGGCCAAAAUACCCUUAUUCAAUUUGAGGAUUUUGGCAAUCACCAUGCAUUCUCGUUGUUGGACAAAUAUAAGAACACUCAUUGUACUUUCAACGAUGAUAUCCAAGGAACAGCUGCUGUAGCAGUUGGAGGCUUGUAUGCUUCAAAACGUAUCACCGGCAAGAAUAUUGCCGAAAAUAAGAUUUUGUUUGCUGGAGCUGGUGAAGCAGCUAUUGGUAUUGCUGAUCUUUGUGUGAAAGCUAUGAUGGCUGAGGGACUUUCACAAGAGGAAGCACGUAACAACAUUUGGAUGUACGAUAUCGACGGUCUUCUCACAACAACCCGAACAGUUGGUGAUUUAGUUGGCCACAAAGCAUACUACGCCAAAGAUGUGGAACCCGAAAAAGAUUUACUCAAUGUAGUCAAAAAAAUAAAGCCAUCUAUUCUUAUUGGAGCAUCGGCUGCAACUGGACUUUUCUCCAAAGAAAUUCUCAACAUUAUGGCGGAAAAUAAUGAGCGUCCUAUCAUCUUUGCCUUAUCAAAUCCAACAAGUAAAGCUGAAUGCACUGCCCAUGAUGCUUAUCAUGCCACUGAGGGUCGUGUGAUCUUCUCAUCGGGAUCACCUUUCCCACCCGUUGAAUUCAAUGGAAAAACAUUCUACCCUGGACAAGGUAACAAUGCUUACAUCUUCCCUGGUGUUGCCCUUGGUGUCAUUGCUACCGGUACGCAUCAUAUUCCCGACGAUAUGUUCCUAAUUGCUGCCCAGGAACUGUCGAAAUUUGUCGAACAAAGUGAUUUGGAGAAAGGAUCACUCUACCCACCGCUCAGCAAGAUCAAAGAGGUGUCGAUGCGAAUUGCUAUUGGCGUUACAGAAUGUGCCUAUGCUAAAGGACUCGCAUCAACUUAUCCCGAACCAAACGACAAACGCAGUUGGCUGGAAAAGCAGCUUUACAACCACAAUUACAUGAGUUCCAUGCCAGUGACAUGGCCUUGGCCAAAAGCCCAAGAACUUAAAACUCGCGAAUUGGAACCCACUCAGCUGUUCAAAGAGAAAUAAGUUAAUGGUUAGGUCUUCUAUUACAAAAACAACAACUAAAAACAGAAAAAACAGCUAGCUAGGCCAACUUACACUCUCAUUUUAAUUUAUUUUUAUUUAAUUUAUUUAGUGUAAAGUAGCCGUAAGCUUAUCUUUAACAAAAAAAAAAAAAACUAAAAACAAAAAAGUAAAAUAAAAAAAUGUGGUGCGUCUAAUUAAGUUCAGUCGAGGAGUGAGAAACAAUAUCAAAAGAGAUAAAGCUAAAAACAAAAAAACAGUAUUCUGUCAUUCAUCGAGUCAUUAACAAACAAAACAAUAAAAAUCUAAAAAAAAAUUAAUAAAAAAGUCGACCACUACUACUUCAAAGCCGGCUAGCGGCGUUAAACAAAAAUAAAACCUAAAAAAAACCUAGUGAUGUUUGUGUCCUUAGAAUAAUUUAUAAAAAACAAAAAUUUAAUUUUAAAAUAAUUAAUUGACUUGCCAGUGAGUAUUUUUUUUUCAUUUUGUUCUUUUUUUUUUCUUUAUAAUUAUUAAACAAAUAUUUUUAUUUUUUUUAAACGUUGUUUUUUUUAUUUGUAAAUAAAAUAACUUGCAGAGAGCUAAAGUUACACUAUUAAGUUCUUCUCUAUCUCAAAAAAUACAAUCAACAAAUUGUAAGUGUCCGGUCACACAUAACAAGUUCAACUAUUUAAUUGAAAA